AUGGAGAGGAACCUGGACAGAACCAAUUUGGCCUUGCGUCUGGCCAACAUAUUCACAUCACUUACGCCAGAGCGCUUGGACGCUGCUUUCCAAAAUACCCGCGAGAUUCAGCAUUCGAAAGCGGAUAAAGUCGUCGCCAUGGAGAUGAUGCAUGUCAAGUCAUACGAAGAAGCAUACAAGUUGAACAGGAUUGGUAAGUCCCCGGAUUUCGAAUUGUAA